GUACUCCCGGUGUACAAGUGUGUGUGUGUGUGAGUAUUACAGUGUGGGACCUGUUCCUAGUUCAUUCGAGUCGGAGACAAAUCGUUCGGCUUUGGAUCCAACUGGAGCACAGUAAAUGUAUGUUUAGAGACGGUUCACGUAACGGCAAAUUUGGGUUUUUUGUGUAAAGAGCGCGGAUAGUUGACAAAUUGGUUGUGGGCAAAUCUUUUAGAUGAUGUCACUUAAUAAGCCUGCUGGCGACCCAUCGAUCCAGCAGAACCCCAAAUCGACAACUAUAAUCAAGUAUGAGAAAUCAUCAUGCCUGUUUUGCAAUGAGUGGUUCGACGCCCAAACUUUUACGGAACACCUCAUACACUGUGGACAGGUGCUCGAGGAGUGCCCGAACAGCUGCAAUGUCUUCAUACCACGAAUCCGCAUGCGCUCGCAUCUGAAGGAGUGUCCGCGCAGCAAGCAGCAGCUGCAGCGCAUGAGCGCCAGCAUGGAGCGUUUGGAUCAGCAUGCCGAUCAUCGUGUUCAGGUACUGGAGCAGGACAUUACCACAAUACGUUCCGUGCUGAAUGAGGAAAUACGACAGCGUUUGCAUCUCAUCACGGACGUUGGCAACAUACGCAAACACAAUCAAGUGGUCGAGGAUUGGACCAAAGAUACGGACGACAGCCUCACCGAGCUGCGCCAACAGCUCGAGGAGGAGAGGGCGCAGCGUGCCUUUACCGCCGAACAAAAUCAAGCGGACUUUCAAUAUUGCUGCAACAUAACGCAGUCCCUAAAGGAGCAGGUGGAAAUGAAAAUGAACGAUUUGCAACAGCAUAUUAAUCAACUGUCUUCGGAGGUGAGUUUCCAUCAGAAUCAGCUGAAUGAUAAUAUUAUGAAACUGGAGGAAAUUGUUUUCGAAAAUGAAAGAUUAAAUCGAGAUAAGUUUGUGCAGAUUGAGCAGUUUCUGCAGGAGAUCAAUGAGGACAUCAAAACGAAAUUGGGAACCAGUGAUUUUUCCACUUCGAAGCAAGCCACUUUGGACUGCGAAGUCAAAAAUGUGAAGAGCAUCGUGUGUGAAACUGAAGAGCGCUGCGAUAGGCUGCAGAACCUGGUCCAAGAUCUGGACAAGGCGCUCCACCAAACAAUGCAGAGCAUCGCGGAUAUCGAGAACCAGCUGGCAAUGCAGCAACGCAUCGCCAGUGUUCAGAAUAUAAGAGGCCAUUUGAUUUGGCGCAUCAAGGACUAUUCCAAGAAAUUGGAGGAGGCCAAGCAGUAUGAUACAAUCUUGCACAGCGCCAUGUUCUCCAACAAGGCAUUUGGAUACGCCUUGCGUCUGGACAUAUAUUUAAAUGGCAAAGGCACUUGGAAGGGGCGCAACUUGAUCGCCUGUCUGAAUGUGCUAUCUGGCGAAUAUGAUCCACUUCUCACCUGGCCAUGUCGUUUGCAGGCCGAGAUUAUCAUACGGGACCAAAGUGGAAUUACGCUGGAGGCACAGGACUAUGUAAAGACCAUCAAUGUGCGAAAGAAGAGCGAUGAUUAUAUACAGAGCAACCAGUACUUCCAUAUUCCGCACAAGGUUAUAACCAGUCGCAACUAUCUACGCAACGACUCACUCUUUGUCGAGGUGCGAGUCCUGAAAUGAUGUCCUUGGCUGUUGUGUAUAUACCAAGACUCAAGCCAAACAACUCAUGAGCAGCUAAGCAAUAGCUUGUUUUAAAAAGCCUCGGCCGGAUGCUAAGAACUAUUGAUAAAUGUUUGCAGAUCGUGCAUACGUUAUUCCAGUUUGCUUAAUGAAGCAUUCUAAUUACUUAGCGUAUAGAUAAAAUCCAAUAUGCGUCUGUUUUCAUUUUUUCAAUUAUUAACCUGUUGUCGAAUUAAAGCCAAAGUUCAGGCAAAACACCUGCCCCCAUCCCAAAAAUUGAAAGCAGCAGUCAUUUAAAGGCAUUGAACCUUUAAUAAAAUACAUCAAUACAUAUAGGUAUAUUUAAAAUUCGAACAGUGUCAACUAGGUCAGACGUAGGGAGUCGAGACCAUAUUCAAAUCCAUUACAUUGAUAAUAUAUAAAGAGCAAAAAUUGAACAAGUUUCAAUAUAUAAUCAUAGACAACAUCUUUGAAAUAAAUAAUUGCGCCUUCAAUGUAAAUGUAAAUGCAUAAGCUCUAGGGUUUUGUUUUUUUGUCGAGGCACACUUUAGACAGAAAUUUUAGCGUUGGGAUGUUUGAAUACACAAUUCCAAGCGUUGUAGAAUUGAAUUUUUACUUAUUUAAAUAAAAAUAGUUACUUCAUAGUCAACGUACAUACAUAAUACAUAAAAAGUAGAAUACACAACAUGUUAAACAGUUAUUUUGAAUUAUGCAUAAGUUUAAGAUGAGCGCUGUUCCCCGACCAAAGCAUACAGAGCGUGUUUGUAAUGCCCAGAAGUGUCGCCCUAAAAAUGAUAAAUAAAUAAAAAAAGGUAUAAUGUUUUGAUACACAAGCUGAA